AUGAUUCACUUGCGGAGCACUGCUGCCUCACAUAAAUCGUUUCAAAUUUGCAUCGUUUAUGACUACGUCACUGUCUUUUUAUUUUCCACAUUUGAUCAAGAUGUUCCUGAUUCAAACCAGUCUUUGAGGAUUCUCUCAAACCUAGUUGCGGCUGGUGCCUUUAAUUCUAGUGGACGCAUAGAUGAACUAAUAAGAGAACUCCUUGUGUUUACUGGAUCAAUUAUAGCCAUGAAAUCCUCUGAAGUUACUGACUUAAUAGCAAAGCACUUAGUUUUUAAAGCAUAUUUGCAGGUUGUAACUUCAACUAAUGAUGCAUCUGGAAGAGUUCUGUAUGAAUCUAGUGCCUGCAUUACAGUCAUGCUGUCUAGAGUUGCUCAGGUGCUUAGAUCAUCUACUCAAAUUUCCGGACCAGAGACACUGAAUGAAACAGCUAACAAAAUUUUAGACCAUGCAAAAACAUCUGGUUUAGUGGACCAUUUGUGUUUGUGUUUAGCCACUUCAGGAUCGAGUCUAAUUUCAGGUUCUUCCAAUAUGCUACGGGCUGCUUCUGAAGCAUGCAGAGCUGUCUGGUCUUUGAUUAAUGCAUUGGAUAUUCUUUUUAUGAAAAAAAGUGCCAUUUUGUUUCCCAUUAAUGCUUUGAGGAGUCAUUCUUUACAUAGGACGGAAAUUAUGGAUCAUGAGCAAGAUCCCUUGGUUGAUACAGAAGCAACAAAAGUUGUUGAUGGAAUGACAAGAGCAUUCCUCAGAUCUAAAGCUGUUCAGGUUGCUGUUUACUAUUGUUUUCACCAACGGCUGGAGUCUGCAAUGAGUUGUGGUCUUCAGCUUUUGUCAAGGUGCUGCCUAAAUAAUGGAAUUGUUCCCGCUCUUCUUUGUGGUCUUCCCAGUUCGCUUCCUGUGACUACUGUUGUUAGUGGUGGUGGUGAUGGAACUAUUGUUUCAGAGAUUUUCUCUGUUUUAUCAUUAUGUAGUUCCUCUGUUAAUAAAGACACACAGGGUGUUGAGCCAAAUAAUGUCAAGUGCAAAUUAACAAAUCCUUCUGCUCUGGUUCGUCAUUCAUGUCUAAUUCUUGCAAUAAUUGCUCAGUGUUUGAAGUCAACUGGAAGAAAUUCAGCAAUUUUUAUGCUCACUUCCUCACCUAAGAAGCAGCUUGCUCGACUUUCAGUACUCGCUCAUCAUAUUUCUUAUGAUGAUAAAACAAAAUCCUCUAUCCAUCCUCAAAGUGCAUCAGCCAUGUUGGCUUUGGCAUCCAUUCUAUCCCUUGAAUCUGGGGCUUUGGUUGAGUCCCCAAUAUCUGAAAUUGCUGUCCCUUUGAUUCCUCGAACUUCUGCACUAAGUGACCAUCUUAAAUUUUCAUCUGGGAAUGAAAAUGAAUUGGACCCUGGCAACUUCAGUGGGAAGCUCUCAUAUUGGCAAGGGGUAAGAGAUGGGUGUGUUGGUCUUUUAGAUUCCAGACUCAAGUGGGGAGGACCAUUAGCAGUUCAGCAGUUGUGUGCAGGUGGUAUUCCUCUUCUUCUUAUGGGCUUAUUAAGCAAUGAUGGUUCAAAUGCUUCUCAUGGAAAUGAACGCCUAAAUGAUAGAGUUGGAUUAUCUCCUAUUGGUGUUGUAUGGACAGUUUCAUCAUUAUGUCAUUGUCUUUCUGGUGGUGCUUUGACUUAUCGUCAAAUUUUGAUUAGGAAUGAACAUAUUAACCUUAUCUCCAACUUGAUAUGUGAUGUUCAUCUCAAGUUGGUGAAAUGCUGGAUUGGACCUGGUGGAGGGAGAGCAGGAGUCAGAGAUCUAAUUAAUGCAGUAAUAGAUCUCUUGGCAUUUCCUUUUGUUGCUCUGCAAAAUGCACCAGGCUUGCCAUCUGCCACUGCUUCUGUCAGCAGUGGGUUUCUUCUUAAUAUUGGCUCCCCUGGUCAGAGAAUAUGCAUGGAAGAUAAGGAUAUAGUUAAGGCAAUAGAGGAAGACAUGGGAAAAUAUAUUAAGAUCCUUGUGGAGGUGGGCGUGCCUGGUAUUAUCCUUCGAUGCCUAGAUUAUAUGGACUUGAAUGAUUUAGGCAGGCCAGUUGCUUUUCUGGCAAAAAUGGUAUCCCAUCGACCUUUAGCAAUCCAACUUGUGAGUAAGGGUCUUUUGGAUCCAAAUAUGAUGAGAAGGUUGUUUGACUGUUCGCGCCCAAAAGAGGUCACACUGGAUUCUCUUAUGAUUAUUUCUGAUCUUGCUCGCAUGGACAAGGGAUUCUAUGAAUACAUUAAAGGUGCUUCUAUUUUGGAGUUCUUGAAAGAUUUUCUUUCACACGAGGAUCCCAAUAUGCGUGCCAAAGCUUGCAGUGCUCUUGGAAACAUGUGUCGUCAUAGCGCCUACUUUUAUAGUUCACUUGCAAGACAUCAAAUUAUUAGUAUCCUUAUCGACCGAUGUUCAGAUCCAGACAAACGAACUCGGAAAUUUGCUUGUUUUGCUAUUGGAAAUGCGGCCUACCACAAUGAUGUGUUGUAUGAAGAGCUGAGGAGAUCGAUUCCUCACCUGGCAAAUUUGUUGCAAAUGGCAGAGGAGGAUAAGACCAAGGCAAAUGCAGCAGGUGCACUUAGCAAUCUGGUUCGCAACUCUGACAAACUUUGUGAAGACAUUGUGUCCAAAGGAGCGGUUCAGUCUCUGCUUAAAUUAAUAUCUGAUUUUGCGGUAUCAGCACUAAAUCCCAGCAGAAAUGAUUCAGCAAGCGAAUCUCCUUUAAAAAUAGCUCUCUUCUCCCUAGCAAAGAUGUGUGCUCAUCCACUCUGCAGACAGUUCAUCCGUUCAUCACCUUUGUUCCCUGUGAUUGCAAGGCUUCAGCAGUCUCCAGAAUCAUCCAUUGCCAAGUAUGCCUCUGUGAUCAUUAGCAAAGUUGCUGAACCUUGA